AUGGACGAACAUGAGCUGGAACAACAGAGCGAUGAACAAGAGGUGCUAGUCGCCGACCAGACGCCCACACAAGAGCAGCGUAAAGCCGCACGACGCUUCGAGAAGUUUGAGAGAAGAGCGAUAAGGAACCGGAUAGCUCAUCUCGACCAAUUGCUUGCACGCGCGAGGGAAAAGGCAUACGCAGCACAUUACCGCGCGGCUGAUCUGAGCAAACGAGUCGAAGAGGAACGGCCAUCCCUCAUCGAGGCCUUACUUCCAUACGAACUGCGCAAGGCAGCAAGAUCAAAACAAAGAGCCAGAAAGCACCACACGCAGCUUCUCACCCGGUUUUUCCGACUUCCCAGAGAGAUCCGCGACCUGAUUUACCACCACGCCUGGAGCGGCACGAUGAUAUCCUUCUACCAGGAGCUGACAUGGAACUUCGCCGAACACGAUAAUAUCCCCUGGGGCCCAGUCAUGACAGCUGAGUAUUCAUCUACUGGUACAUACAGGGCUAGUCUCAUGUCGGCAUGCGAUCUUCUCCCACCAGUGAACGGAGGCCCCUGCAAGGGACUCAGACACGCACAAGAGUACUCGUGGAUAUGGACGAACCAGUAG